AUGACUACCAUUCCGUGGAUGAUUGGGGGUGACUUUAAUGUUGUUCUGCAGUUACAAGAUAGAAUGCAUGGAAAUCCAGUUACUAAGGCUGAAACUCAAGAUUUCAGCAAAUGUAUUCAAGAGUUGAAGCUGAAGGAACUGGCUUGGGAAGGUGAUUACUAUACUUGGUCUAACAAGCAAGAUGGUGGUGACAGGAUAUGGAGCGACAGGAUCUUUGUAUAUCUUUGGAAGCAAAGAUUUCACAAUCAGAAAACGAAGAAUGCGUGGAUGAAGCUCAAAGCCUUAAGGAUAGUACUGAAGAAGCUUAAUGUAGGGGAGUUCAAGUUUAUUAAAAAGAAGAUAGAGCUAGGAAGGAUUGAGCUGGAACAAGUGCAGAAAAACAUAGAUACAGAUAACACUUCUGAUAUGCUACUGAAAGAAAAGGAGCUGAUACAAAAUUUGGAGAAAUGGAGUAUGAUAGAAGAAGGAGCUUUGAAACAAAAAGCCGGGGCAAAAUGA